AUGGCCCAGCAGUACUACGACCGGACGGACCACAAUUCGCAAUAUGGAUCACGAAUGCCUCCGACAAUCGCUGAAAUUGAUUCGAGACCCUCGUCUGCUUUGUCGCAGAGGUCUGCCCAGAGCCAAAUAUCGCAGAAUAGCUACCAGAAACGGCCCAUACAAAACCUUCACCCCCACCACCAUCCUCACCACCAGCAGCAUCCAGGAUUGCCCCAGCAGGUACCGGUCCAGCAGGUGUAUGGACAAGGUUACGCGAAUACGGGAUCCCAUUCGUCUCUGGAGCCUUUGCCCAGAAAUGUUUCUUCGCACCGGCAACCGGACGCCCCGCCUCAGCAGUAUGAUCCGAGAUAUGCUCAUAUUCCGCCUCCGCCUCCGCCACAGUCACAGUUCCAUGCUCAACCAAUUUCUCAGAAUCAGCACCAGCAGCAACAUCCCUACCGCACACAACAGACUCAAGGCUACAGACAGGAUGGGUAUGCUCAACGCCAUCCACAGCAGUAUCUCCCUCAAGAGCAUCAACAGGUGCAUCAACAGGUGCCUCAACAGAUGCCUCAACAGGUUUCGCAUCAAGCACCUCAGCAGUAUUCUCAACAGAGACAUGCUCCUCAGCCUCAGCAGAGGUCUGUUUCUCAGCCUGCUGCUUACAGCCAGCAGCACCACCACCAUCACCAACACCAGCAACAGCCUCAACAGCAACCGCGGUUUCAAAACGAUCCCCCAAUUCUACAACCCUCUAUUAUAGAGCAACGUACCAUGGAUCCUUCUAGAACUGUACUACCAGUCACAAUACCUCCACCAAAAGCCAGAUCUGAGCCCACAAGAACACAGACCUUGCCAGCUUUGAACACCAAAAGGACAGAUGCAGUUCCGCAGAGACUUCCUCAGGAGACGACUCCAAAGGGUUCUCCUGUGUCCAACUCAUCUGGCUCGUGGUCGCCAAUGAGACAAAGUCUGAAUUUCUUUGGGAGAAGUGGACGUAGCGUCUCUUCUGGUGCUUUGUUGAGUGACAAUGGAAACGGUGCGAAGCCUGCCGGUAACUUUUCGCAAGGUGUGGAUAAUUCAAGGAGAACAAUGUCAAUGAGAUCUUUGACUGGCGACAAGAACAAGUCCAAGCCUGCUACGACUUUGAGUGGCCGUGUGAUUCCGCAGAAGAACGAUACUAUCACCUCGGUGUACCACGAAGGAUCCCUGCCUAACCAGCAAUUGUCAAACAGAUCCAAGUCAUAUACGUCUCUGACGAAUCCGCACAGAUCAUCAUCUACGUCUACUUUGAGGCAUACAGAUAGGUCUGUUUCACAGACAUCUUUGGCCUCGAGGACGAUCGUCACCGUUUCUUCCAGAAAACCUUCCGUCUAUCCUGCUUUACUUUCCAAGGUUGCCAAGGCAUUCUUCGAAAAGAUAGAGUUGGGUUCCAACUUGAAAAAUGGACUGGAAUACAGAGACUCUUUCACUGGAACCCAGGCGGUGGACGUGAUCUCUCACAUCAUAAGGACUUCUGACAGAAGUCUUGCCAUGUUGCUGGGACGCGCUUUGGAUGCCCAGCACUUCUUUCAUGAUGUGACUUAUGAGCACAGAUUGCGUGAUUCGCAGAAUGAGGUGUACCAGUUUGGAGAGUCGAUAUUCAAUCCAUACGGAGAGAGACAGGAACAGCAAAAUGGUCCAGAUCAGCAGAUAUCGCCCAACCCUCAGGAAGAGGAAGACGUUAAGGCAGUGGACACCGGCGUGAAUGGUGUUUUCACGUUGCUCACAGAAUGUUACUCUGCAACGUGUACCAGAAACCAACUAUGCUACAGUAUAGCGUGUCCCAGAAGGCUGGAGCAACAGGCACGGUUAAAUAUGAAGCCCCAGGGUGGAUUGCGUCGUUCGGAAUCCAAACUUUCGCUAUCAGGUGAUGAUGAGAAGAAACACCUGUGGUCCUUGAACGUUCCCAAACAGGUGCUGGAAAGUGUCGAUAAGCGCGAGAUCCAGAGACAGGAGUGUAUCUUUGAGACGAUAUACAGUGAGCGUGAUUUCAUUAAAGAUCUGGAGUAUUUGCGUGACUUCUGGAUCCGUCCACUAAGCGAAUCGAGAAUCAUCAAAGAACAGGAGCGUGAAAAGUUUAUUCGUUCCGUUUUCAGCGGAAUCAAUGAGAUCUGGGCUGUCAACUCUCGUUUGGCAGAUGCUCUGACCAGACGCCAACAGCGCCAGCCAAUAGUUGAGCAAGUUGGUGAUAUCUUCUUAGAAUUUAUCCCCAAGUUUGAGCCUUUUGUUAAGUAUGGUGCUGGUCAAGUGUUUGGAAAAUACGAGUUUGACAGACAGAAGAAAACCAACGCGCUUUUUGCAAGGUUUGUCGAGGAAACAGGUAACCUGCCUGAGUCCAGACGUUUGGACCUGAGUUCAUAUCUCUCCAAGCCAACAUCGAGACCUGCUCGUUACCCUCUUCUUUUGAAAUCCAUCCGCGAUGCAACGGACCCUUCUAACCCCGAUUAUGAGAAGCUGGGCAAGGCUAUUGAUAUGCUACAGGGAAUCUUGAACAGAAUCAACCAAGAAACAGGAAAGGCUUCUGACAGGCUGAACAUCUUGCUUCUGAAGCAGAAGUUGAUCUUCAGACCUGGAGAGCUGGUAGAUUUGAAGUUGGCUGACGAGAAUCGGAGAUUGCUGUUCCAGUGUGUCCUGAAGAAGAAGAGUUACCAGGAUAAGGAGAACCAGGGUGAGGUGAAUGUGUAUUUGUUUGAUCAUGCGUUGAUAUUUGCGCGUGUGAAGAUCAUGAACAAGAAGGAGGUGUACCGUGUUUAUCAACGCCCUAUUCCUAUUCCUCUCCUGUUUGUGUCACUGAGUGAAGAAAUGGGUUCUAUGAGACACAUGAAGAGAUCUCCAUCUACAGGAUCUCUGUAUGUCUGUUCUCAAACUACUUCUUCAGCUUCUUAUUCACACUCUUCAACCACGACCUUAAGCCACUCUGCCUCGUUAUCCACGCUGACAAACACAAACUCGGCAAGGUUCCCAUUGACAUUUUCGUACCUUGGAAGAAACGGUUACGAGUUCACUUUGUAUGCAAGACAAUCCGUCCAGCGUACCCUGCUGGAGAAGGUUGAACAGCAGCACAAGAAACUGAUUAAGGACAACGAUAUCUUCACUUUGACGAGACUCAGUUCGAGUUUCUUCGACUACUCGAACAGGAUCAACUGUGCCGUUCCAUUUGAUGGUGGAAGGAGAUUGCUUUAUGGUACCGAUUCAGGUAUCUACAUCUCCAACAUCAGGAAGAAUAAGGACAAGUCGAGAAUUGUGAGUAGACCAGUGAAGGUCAUUGCCAAAACAAACAUUAUGCAAUUGGAAGUGUUGGAAGAGUAUCAGUUGUUACUGGCAUUGUGCGACAAGAAGCUACACUACUGGCCUUUGGAGAUAUUGAAUGAUGAUGGCAGCAGCAGCAGCAGCAGCGGUGGAAACGGCGCCAGUCUUGUAUCUUCCACCUCGAGUGCAAGCUCCAUUACACAGGUACUACCACCCAACCCUAUUUACGAUCCGAACAAAAAUGCCAAGCUAGGCAAGGAGAUGAUGUCGCAUGUUUCCUUCUUCAAGAGUGGUGUAUGUUCCGGAAGAAUGUUGAUCUGUGUGGCACGUAACGGCUCUCAGCAUCUGAUCAAGAUCUUCGAGCCCAUGGACCCAAUCACGUCGAAGAAGAUGAAUAAGCGCAAGUUCAAAAAUGAGGUCAAGGACCUGACCUUUUCGUCUGAACCAGUCAGCGUUUCGUUCUUGAAGACCAAACUAUGUAUCGGGUGCACCAAGGGUUUUGAGAUUGUACAGUUGGAAACAGGAGUCCAAGAGUCUCUGUUGGACCAGGCGGAUACCUCGUUAGAUUUCUGCAUAGGCAAGGAAGGCCUCAAGCCACUGAGAAUCGACAGGGUCAACAACAACUUCUUGCUCUCGUACUCAAACUUCUCCUUUUACGUGAAUAAGAACGGAUGGAGGGCUCGCCCCAACUUCUUGGUUAACUGGGAAAAUGUCCCAAGUCAGUUUGCCAUGUGGUACCCUUCUCUGUUGUCGUUUGACUCGCAGUUCAUCGAGGUCAGAAACGUGGAAACAGGAGAAUUGACCCGUUGCAUUGCCGGAGAGAACAUUAGAUUCCUGCACUCGAGUUCGCAGGAGAUCCUCUUUGUUUGGGAGAAUGAACAGGGCUACGACACAGUCGUCAGUCUAGAUUUCUGGGACAAAUCGGUGCCAAAAGUUCAAAAAGAUCAAGAGAGCUGA